ACAAUCCAGUGGUUUCUGUUUGCCUUCGUUUCAUUAUAGGCUUUCUCUCCACAACAUUCAUCUAUUAAGCAAGCCAUAGAGCCAUUUCCAAGGUUUUUCAUCACCAUGACCCGAAGAACAAUGGAGAAGCCUUUUGGCUGCUUCCUUCUCCUCUUUUGUUUCACCAUCUCCAUUUUCUUCUAUUCCGCAGCCGCUCUCACCGAUGAGGAAGCUUCGUUUCUUACAAGACGCCAACUUUUGGCACUAUCAGAAAACGGAGAUCUUCCUGACGACAUGGAGUACGAAGUCGAUUUAGACCUCAAAUUUGCUAAUAACAGACUCAAAAGGGCUUACAUUGCCCUUCAAGCUUGGAAAAAGGCAUUCUACUCCGAUCCGUUCAACACUGCGGCUAAUUGGGUUGGUCCAGACGUGUGUUCUUACAAAGGAGUUUUCUGUGCACCAGCACUUGACGAUCCAAGCGUAUUGGUUGUGGCGGGUAUUGACCUUAACCAUGCGGAUAUAGCCGGAUACUUGCCGCCUGAGCUGGGUUUAUUGACAGACGUAGCCUUGUUUCACAUUAACUCCAACAGGUUUUGCGGAGUUAUUCCGAAAAGUCUUUCAAAGCUAACGUUAAUGUACGAAUUCGACGUGAGCAAUAACCGGUUCGUUGGUCCGUUUCCGACGGUUGCUCUUUCUUGGCCGUCUUUGAAGUUCCUUGACAUAAGAUACAAUGAUUUUGAAGGGAAACUGCCACCAGAGAUCUUUGAUAAAGAUCUCGACGCUAUUUUCUUGAACAACAAUAGAUUCGAGUCGACCAUCCCCGAGACAAUUGGUAAAUCAACUGCUUCCGUCGUGACCUUCGCACACAAUAAAUUCAGCGGUUGCAUCCCGAAAACCAUUGGCCAGAUGAAGAACCUCAACGAGAUUGUGUUUAUUGGGAACAACCUAAGUGGUUGCUUACCGAACGAAAUCGGUUCGUUGAACAAUGUGACUGUGUUUGAUGCUAGUAGCAAUGGAUUCGUUGGAAGUUUACCAUCGACCUUGUCAGGCUUAGCCAACGUGGAACAAAUGGAUUUCUCAUACAAUAAGUUCACCGGAUUUGUCACAGACAAUAUUUGCAAGUUGCCCAAAUUGACGAACUUCACAUUUUCUUACAAUUUCUUCAAUGGAGAAGCUCAAAGUUGUGUGCCUGGGUCGAGCCAAGAGAAACAAUUUGAUGACACGAGCAAUUGCUUACAGAAUAGGCCAAAUCAGAAGUCGGCUAAAGAAUGUUUGCCGGUGGUAAGCCGUCCUGUGGAUUGCAGUAAAGACAAGUGUGCCGGUGGUGGUGGAGGUGGCGGUGGUUCAAACCCAUCACCAAAACCAACGCCAAAGGCACCGGAGCCUGAGAAAGAAAUUAACCCACCAAAAUUAGAAGAGCCAUCUAAGCCAAAACCAGAAGAAUCUCCCAAACCACAACAGCCUAGUCCAAAGCCUGAGACACCAUCACAUGAGCCUUCUAACCCAAAGGAACCUAAGCCAGAGUCACCAAAACAGGAAUCUCCAAAACCGGAACAGCCAAAACCUAAGCCUGAGUCACCAAAACAAGAGUCGCCUAAGCAAGAGCAACCAAAACCAGAACAGCCAAAACCCAAGCCUGAGUCACCAAAACAAGAGUCGCCUAAGCAAGAGCCACCAAAACCAGAACAGCCAAAACCCAAGCCUGAGUCACCAAAACAAGAGUCGCCUAAGCAAGAGCCACCAAAACCAGAAGAAUCUCCUAAACCGGAAUCUCCUAAACAAGAGACGCCAAAACCAGAGAUGUCAAAACCAGAGGAGUCACCUAAGCCUCAACCACCAAAGCAAGAACAACCACCAAAGACAGAGGCACCAAAAAUGGGAUCGCCUCCACUGGAAUCACCGGUACCAAAUGAUCCUUACGAUGCAUCUCCGAUUAAAAAACGUCGUCCUCAACCACCAUCACCGUCCACAGAAGAUACAAAGACACCGUCGCCACAAUCUCCACCAGUACACUCUCCGCCACCACCACCACCGGUGCAUUCCCCACCGCCACCUGUAUUUUCACCUCCUCCUCCGGUGCAUUCUCCUCCACCGCCGGUUUACUCUCCACCACCUCCAGUAUACUCUCCUCCACCAACACCACCAGUCCACUCUCCUCCACCACCGGUACAUUCACCACCACCACCAGUCCACUCUCCUCCUCCACCGGUCCACUCUCCGCCUCCACCAGUCCACUCUCCUCCUCCACCGGUCCACUCUCCGCCUCCACCAGUCCACUCUCCUCCUCCACCGGUCCACUCUCCACCACCAGUUUUCUCUCCACCACCGCCUGCACCAAUCUACUCUCCUCCUCCACCACCAGUCUACUCCCCGCCUCCACCCGUCCACUCCCCACCACCGCCACCAGUCCACUCACCGCCUCCUCCUGUUCACUCACCGCCUCCUCCAGUUCACUCUCCACCACCUCCAGUCCAUUCUCCACCACCACCAGUCCACUCUCCACCACCUCCGUCACCUAUUUACUCUCCUCCUCCUCCAGUUUUCUUACCACCACCAAAACCUGUAACGCCUCUACCACCGGCAACAUCACCAACGGCAAACGCUCCAACACCUUCAUCAGAAUCAGGAGAAAUCUCAUCACCGGUUCAAGCUCCGACCCCAGACUCUGAGGACAUCGAAGCACCAUCAGAAUCAAAUCACUCACCGGUGUUCAAAUCAAGUCCUGCUCCAUCACCAAAUUCCGAGCCAAAUCACUCCUCGGCUCCAGUUUCCGAACCAGAAGUUGAAGCACCAGUUCCAUCAAGCGAAUCAGAAGUUGAAGCACCAGUUCCAUCAAGCGAACCAGAAGUUGAAGCACCAGAACAAUCAGCAGGCACCCCUUCGUCACCGACGCCAUCUUCAAAUCCAUCACCAGAUGUAACUGCACCACCAUCGGAAGACAAUGACGGCGGCGAUAAUUUCAUCCUCCCACCAAACAUUGGACACCAAUAUGCAUCGCCACCACCACCGAUGUUCCCAGGCUACUGAACCAAACAUUUUUAAUAUUUACAUUUUGGUCUAAAAAUUUUCCGGUUAACCCAAUUUGUAACAAGAAAAAAAAAUACAUUCAUAAUUUGACCAUUGUAAUCUGUAAGUAGAUGAUUUUUAGAAGUGAAUAUUUUCAAAAUUAAAACGUUAACAUAUCU